AUGAAAUUGAUCUAUCUUAUAAUAUUUAUACUCAUUGUAUUUACUAAUUUUGUUUAUUCACGUUGGAUUCCACGUAAAGAAAAUAUUAAUAUAUGUGAUAAGCUUGAUGAAUAUGUUACUUCACUUUAUUCGGAAGAACAAUUUCUUAAUUACUCUGAUGUGAAAGCUUGUUAUGAAUUAACACUAUACAAUAAAACAACGGCAAUUCAGGUAAUAGAGACAGUAAAAGAAAAUCUUAAAGGGUUCUAUGCGUUACUAGAUCAAGCAAAAGAAGAACAAAAUCCAGGAUUUGCUUUAAGACCUAUUGACUUAAUUUCUGAAUUAGAUUUAUACGAUGUUGCAGAUCUUAUUAAAGAAUUGAGAGAUGGACACACCUGGCUGAAUUCUGAUGAUUAUAACAAGUACGCUUUUGAUCAGGGACUUUCCAUGUAUUCCGUGAUUAGGAAAGAUGGCACGCAGGAAAUUAAAGUUUUUAAUGACGUAAAGGAUCCUUGUAACGUCGAUUGUCAAGUUAUAGACAUAGACGACAAACCAGCUAUUGAAGUAAUUACUGAAUUUGCUAGAAAUCACACAUAUUUAUCGAGAGAUUUGAGUGCUCGAUUUAAUUCAGCCCUUGCAUCACUUGCUUUUGGAAAUGGUGAUUUUUAUAUUGCAGGUCAAUCAUUCACCUACCGGGUUCAAUUACCAAAAAAUCCAAGCAUUUCUUACACUCUUAAUUGUAAUGGUAAAAUUUCUAAAAUAACUCGAGAAUGGCAAGUUCCUAUUAAUAAUGUGCAAUAUAAAUCUCCAUACAUCAAUGGGGCUUCAGUCGGAAAAGCGACUUUAAUAUUUGAUGCGUUCAUUGCUAGAUUUUAUAUAUUGCAAGAUUUUGGCGUGGUCUUGAUUUCAACUGAAGAUAUUUUAAAUAAUGACUCUGACCUUCAAUAUCAUUUUCUAUCAGAUAUAACCAUUGGAUUUAAAAUGCUUGCAGACAGAGGUAUAGAAAAGAUCAUUUUAGAUUUAAGUAAUAAUGGUGGUGGCCAAAUCUUCGCUGCGGACUACAUAAAUAAACUAUUAUUUCCAAACAUACAAAACUUUCCAUUGGACUAUAAGGUUAAUAAUAUUUCUAUUCCAUUUAUAAAAGAAAUAUCUAAGGCUAAAAGGGGAAUUGGAAAUAUAUUUCAUUAUAAGUCAUUUAUUUCUGUAAAGACAAACACUUCUUUUGAUAGCGUUAAUGAUUUUAUUGGAAACAAUAUAUAUACUCGUGGUGGUGUUCAAGUUAGAUAUACUUCAAAGGCAUUUCAUAAUGAUACAACAAAUUACAUUGGAGCUUUCAAAUUUCCAAUUCCUCCAAAACUUCCUUGGACUGAGAAAGAUAUUAUAAUUUUGACAAAUGGAUUAUGUCAGUCAUCAUGUGCGAUUAUAACGCAAAGAUUAGCAGAAAUUAAUGUUCCUACAAUAGCUGUUGGUGGAUUUCCGAAUACUCGAUUUUCUUUUGCUCAAUAUGCUGUUGGAGAUGCAGCAUCUACUGCUGAAUUUAAACCUAUAUUUAAUCAAGUUAAAAAUCUUGAUAGUUCUUUAGUUUCUAAAUUAUCUCUUCCUGAAAAUUUAACGUUGUAUUUUACUAUAGCUGAAGCUUACAGCAUUAAGAAUCCAAAUGAGGUUAUGGAUUACGCUUUUAGACCUGCUGAUUAUCAAUUAUAUUAUGAUGAACGAAGUGCUAGAGAUCCUAGUCAUUUAUGGAUAAAGGCGGCAAAAUUUUUCAGAAAGUAA